AGGGAUUCGAAUGGUUUCAACGGAUUGCACAUGAAUGGGCAGGAUUCCCUUGUGCAACCCUUACUCACGGAUUUCUACCAGAUUACGAUGUGUUAUGGAUAUUGGCUGGCUGGUAUACACGAUGAGCCUGCUGUCUUCGAUCUGUUCUUCAGAAAGAAUCCAUUCCACGGGGAGUUCACAAUAUUUGCUGGAUUGGAGGAUUGCCUUCGCUUUGUGGAAAGCUUCAGAUUCAGUAAAAGCGAUAUUGACUUCAUCAGGAAACUUCUGCCUGAGGAUUGCAACCCUGACUUUUUCAAAUAUCUGAACGAUCUCGAUUGUGGCGGCUUGGUUAUCAAAGCUAUUCCUGAAGGCUCUGCCGUAUUUCCAAAAACUCCCCUGAUAACUGUCGAAGGUCCUCUUGCGGUCUGUCAACUACUGGAGACAACAUUUCUAAACCUGGUCAACUACGCAUCUUUAAUGGCAACAAAUGCCUCCAGGUUCAGGCAGGCUGCUGGCAAUAAAGUGCAGAUGCUUGAGUUUGGAUUGCGUCGAGCUCAAGGGCCUAAUGGAGGCCUUACUGCCAGCAAGUAUUCUUAUAUCGGAGGAUUCGAUGGAACUAGCAAUGUUCUCGCUGGGAAGCUUUUUGGAAUCCCAGUGAAGGGCACCCAAGCUCAUAGCUUUGUCUGCUCGUUUUCAUCUGAUAAGGAUUUGAAAGUGAGAACUCUCCGAGAUAAGCACGGAUCCGAGGAACGUGAUUUGUAUGAGUUGAGCUUGAGCAAAAGACAUUUUAUAAUGCAGAAGGUGGAAUGGGGCGUCUCCGAAUCGGAGGUGAGCAAUGGCGAGUUGGCUGCGUUCGUUGCUUAUGCGGUUGCGUUUCCCAGUGCGAACAUGUCUUUGAUUGAUACCUAUGAUGUUCUCAGAAGUGGUGUUAUCAACUUCGUGGCUGUGACAUUGGCUCUUUUCGAACUUGGAUACAAGUCCAUUGGUUGUCGAAUAGACAGCGGUGACUUGUCAUAUCUUUCAAAGGAAGUCCGGAGCCGGCUACGCAAAGUAGCUGUAUUAGAUCCAGCUCUUGUCUGGCUCGAGAAGAUGGUCAUUGUUGCUUCGAACGACAUUAACGAGGAGACGAUCAUGUCAUUAAAUGAGCAGUCGCAUGAAAUCAAUGCAUUUGGUGUUGGAACUCAUCUAGUCACUUGCCAGAAACAGCCAGCACUUGGAUGUGUUUAUAAACUGGUCACCCUGUCGGGGCAGCCGAAGAUCAAGCUGAGUCAAGAGGUGUCGAAAAUCACGAUACCGGGUCGAAAGAAGUGUUAUCGCUUAUUUGGCAAAAGUGGUUACGCUAUACUGGAUUUGUUGAUAUUGGAAGAUGAGCCUGAGCCAAAAGCGAAUCAGCAGAUUCUUUGUCUGUGCAUUCAGGAAUCAAAAAGAGCUCUAGUUGUGGCCAGUCGUGUGGAACCUCUGCACGAAGUGUUUUGGUCCGAUGGAAGGAUCGUUAAGGACCUGCCUGACUUGAAAGCCAUUAAGGCUGGUUUAUGUUGUUUUACGAGAUUUGGUUUUUCUCCUUGUUUCCUCUGGCUGCCCUUUCAAUAUCAAUUACAGAAUCAUGUAAAUAACUCACUGAAUACUUUGCGGAAGGACCACCGACGUUACCUCAAUCCAACCCCGUACAAGGUGUCGGUUUCGGAGAAGUUAUAUGACUUUCUACAUUCACUAUGGUUGCAGAAUGCACCCAUUGGCCAGCUCGAGUAG